AUGAGCAAGGUCAAAGCACCAAAGACGAAGGGCAUACCGAACAAGCAUCUGCACGCCCGCUCGACUUUUCUCUACCAAGCAGCCACAUAUCUGACGCUGCAAACGGCUACGCAAGAGGACGUCGCAGCUGAUGUCGCACGAGACAAAGACGAUGGAUCGAUCGAGACCCAGCGACAUUCGCCGCUGGCACUCGAACUCGGAUCCGAUCUUCAACAGGUAUCACGGAAAGGCCAGCUACGGCUGGCUGUCGACUUGAAGCGCUCCAUGUGCAAAAGUUGUAAUACAGUCCUUGUUCCUGGACGCACUCUUACUCAAAAUAUUGAAAAUCCCAGCAAGGGCGGUAAGAAGCCUUGGGCAGAUGUACUCGUCAUUACUUGUCUCAAUUGUGGCGGAAAGAAGCGGUUUCCGGUGGGCGCAACGAAACAACUCAAGAAGGCUAAGAGGAUCGCAACGCAUACAAGUUCGUUGUCAAAAACUACUUCGGAAGAUGGCCAAUGCUCAGAAACUACCUUUGCGACGGGCACUGACUGA